UCAAAAUAAUAAUCUAUCGUAGCGGUUGGAAAAAUCAUCAUCUUAAACACGAACACCCUAAAAUUGAUAUCAAAUUCAUUUUAAUAUCAUUCAUAAAUAAGUGUUUAAAUUAUCCAAAAAAAUAUGUUCUAAAGAACCAAAACUUUUCAAAGCAAUAUCUACCUUUGAAAUUAACACAAAGUCUAUUUAAAAAAUAUGAGCGCCUUUCUUCUAAGUGAUAUUUCUCCAUUGGGAGACCGAAAAUUAGCUGCUUGUGUGAUAUUACUUAUUUUGGAAUUAUUUUUAGAUGGUGCCAAAGCUGCUAAAAGUGCAGAUAUUGAAAACCAUCUGGAAUUGGGGAAAGAAUUUUUAGCCCGAGGCCAACUAGCAGACGCCCUAACACACUACCAUGCAGCUGUUGAGGGCGAUCCAAACAAUUAUUUGACCUUGUUUAAGCGAGGUACAGUUUAUCUUGCUCUGGGAAAGACACGAUUUGCAAUUCAGGACUUCGCAAGAGUCCUUGAACUUAAGCCAGACUUUACAGCUGCUCGGCUACAAAGAGGUACUGUUUUCAUGAAAUCAGGAGAGUACCAAUUGGCUGCUGACGAUUUUGCUCAUGUGCUUCAGGAAGAGCCCUACAAUGAAAUUGCCAAUGAAUACUAUUCUCGUAUUGCCCCAGCCAAUGAACAAUGGCAACUGUGUGUUGAUUUGAUGUCUCGCGGAGAUCAUCGCUCAUCAAUUGUUCUUCUGACACAGUUGCUUGAGAUUUCACCGUGGUCGACAGUAUUUCGACAAGCAAGAGCCGAUGCAUAUAUUGCCCAAAACGACUACUUGGCUGCGAUAUCUGAUUUGCGGUCAGUGAACAAACUUACCCAAGACAGUACAGAUGGCUAUUUCCGACUUGCCGAAUUACUCUACCGAAUUGGACAUGCUACCAGCGCCCUCAAGGAAAUUCGAGAAUGCCUCAAACUCGAUCCCGAGCACAAAGACUGCUUCCCGCUCUAUAAGAAGCUGCGUAAGGUAGAAAAAUCCUUGAGUAAUGCAGAAUCAGCUAAAGAAGAGAAACGAUAUGCCGACUGUGUCACUUCGGCUGAAUCAGUUCUCAACCAGGAGAAAGAAGAAAGCAUGAUCAUUUUCGAGGCUAAGAGACUGCUGUGCGGAUGUCUCACUCAAAACGAAGAAUACACGAAAGCAAUAUCCAGAUGCAAUCAAGCUCUGGAAAUCAUGAAAGACGCACAAAUUCUCUGUGAUCGCGCCGAUGCAUACAUCGGAGCCGAAAUGUACGAUGAUGCCAUACAUGACUUCCAGGCUGCUCUGGAACUUGAUGAGAGUCUUCAAUGUGCCAAGGAAGGUGUUGAAAAAGCCAAGAGGCUACAAAAGCAAUCCGAACGAAGAGACUAUUACAAAAUCUUGGGUGUUAAACGAAAUGCCAAUAAACAGGAGAUAACCAAAGCCUAUCGGAAGGCCGCACAAAAGUGGCAUCCCGAUAACUUCAGAGAUGAGGAGAAAAAAGUGGCGGAAAAGAAAUUCAUUGACAUAGCAGCAGCCAAAGAAGUGCUAACAGAUCCAGAGAAAAGGAGACAAUUUGACAAUGGUGAAGAUCCUCUGGACCCUGAGGGUGGUCAGCAAGGAUUCCGUGGUGGUGGUAGCCCGUUCGCUCAUUUCCAUCACGAUUCUCCGUUCCAGUUUAAAUUUCACUUUAACUAAGUCUCCAUGCACAUCCACCCGCCAGCCACAAAAGACUUCGCCCCUUUGAAACAGAUCCCUCUUAUACAAUCCAAGCCAGCAAUUUGAACAAAGUAAAAAUUAAUUUAAUACAAAAAAUUACAGCAUUUACAUAAUAGACAUUCAAAUAUCCAGAAGCACGCAAAUUCGCAAUGAUAUUACAAAUUUUGAACCUUUUUUUUUUAUAUUACUCCAUAUAUUUUGAUUUUGUUUAAUUAAUAUUGCUGAUCAAAUAUUUUUUGUGCGUGCUUUACGAUCAUGCACAAAGUAAAUUGAGGAGUUAUGUUUUUUUUUUCUAUAUAAACAGAAAACAUCUAGAGGGAUGCUAGUUUUUUUUUCUCUUGUAAAUAGUAGGGUAAUUUCGAUAUAUAAACUAUAUAGCGGUAAUAAAAUUGAAAAUAAAAUUUGUUACCAAGAUAUAAAA